ACACCUGACACCAAAAGUAAACAGACUUGUUUUGAUCCUGUCAAAAAUCAGGCCGCUCUUUGGUCACAUUAUCAGUGGAGGUUUAGCUUUCCCCGAGCCGUUUGAUCGGGGAAUCAAAUGCUUUGAUUUCGACGACCUUGUGGAAUGUGUCGUUUUUUUUAAACGUCUUGAGGCGUUUUUUUUUAUUGCUGUGCUGCUAACCAGCUAGCCAGCUCUUAAGAUUGCAUAACAGUAAAAGGCUGACGACUUUCCAGCAGCUACAACGCAAAAACGAACGAACGAACAACCAAAGCUGUGCAGCAUGUUGGUGCUGGGCCGGUGGGAGCGAUGAAAGCUGAAGGACAGUGUGUUGCCGUCAUGGCGGAGGCUGCAGCCCCGGGUCCGGGGAGAGGCUGCCCGGGCAGACGGACCUUCAGGAGCUCCGAGCACGUCCGCAGCCUGGUGGACGGCCUGCUGGCUCUCCGGCAGGAGGGCAUCCUGUUUGACGUGGUGCUGGUGGUGGAGGGUCGACACAUCCACGCCCACCGCAUCCUCCUGGCAGCCUCCUGUCAUUACUUCAGGGGGAUGUUUGCAGGAGGCCUCCGUGAGACGCAGCAGAAGGAGAUUCCCAUUCAUGGAGUCUCCUACAUGGCUAUGAAAAAGAUACUGGACUACAUCUACACUUCAGAGAUCGAGUUAGACCUGGACUGUGUUCAAGAAGUCCUGAUUGCUGCCACUCUGGUACAGCUUGAAAAUGUAAUUGGCUUCUGCUGCGACUUCCUGUUCUCCUGGCUGGACGACAGCAACAUUAUCGAGGUGUAUCACCUGGCCGAUCUCUACGGACUGGAGCAGCUUAAAGCCAUGGUCCACUCCUACAUCCUCAGGAACAUUGAGACCUUGUCCAGGACAGAAAUGUACCGCCGGCUCCCCCCGGAGGAAGUGUUCCGAGCUCUGAGCAGCAACGAGCUCCAGGUGACCAGUGAGAAUGAAGUGUACGAGGCCGCGCUUCACUAUCACUACAGUCCAGAGGAGGUGGAGACCGACCAGGUGUACCUGCAGGUCAGUGCAAAGGACAACCUGAAGAUGCUCGAUGCCGUGCGUUUCUGCCUGAUUGAGAAACAAGUGCUGCAGAGACUGCACGGCAGACUGAGCCAGUGUCCGCUCAAGGACUCGGUUUCAGCCGCCCUGCGCUACCAUGAGCAGGAGCUGCAGCAGCCGGUCCUGCAGAGUCCUCUCACGCAGCCGCGCUCCACCUUCCACUGCAUCCUCGGCUUCGGGGGGAUGUUCAGCUCCAGCUCCCUCUCAGAUGGCGAGUGCUUCUUUCAGCUGUUCCACCCGAGCUGGGGCGAAUGGAGAACCCUCUGUGAGCCCCACGGGCCCCGAAUGUCCAACCAGGGUGUCGCUGUGCUCAAUAACUUUGUUUAUCUUAUUGGAGGGGAUAAAAAUACCAGUGGAUUUCGUGCAGAGAACCGGUGCUGGAGGUACGACCCCCGUCACAACAGCUGGUGCUCCAUCCAGCCUCUGCAGCUGCAGCAUGCCGACCACUGCGUCUGCGUGGUGGGAGGACACAUCUACGCCAUCGCAGGCCGCGAUUACAGCAACGAGCUGGACUCCGUGGAGCGCUACGACCCGCACACCAACACCUGGGAGUUUAUGUCGCCUCUGAAGAGAGAAGUGUACGCGCAUGCUGGAGCAGUGGUGGAUGGGAAGAUUUAUGUCACAUGUGGCCGUCGAGGAAUAGCAUACCUGAAGGAGACCUACUGUUUUGACCCCGCAGCCAAUGAAUGGACGACGUGCGCGGAGGGCCCGGUGGAGCGGGCGUGGCACGGCAUGGCUGCAGCUAAUGGACACGUGUAUGUUAUCGGGGGUAGCAAUCAUGAGCGUGGAUAUCGCCGCGAUGUCCUGAAGGUGGCGUGCUUCAAUCCUGCAGUCAAUUGUUGGUCUUUACUGGCCCCCCUCCCCGCCGGACACGGAGAGCCCGGCGUGGCCGUGCUGGACGGUCGUAUCUACAUCCUGGGAGGACGCUCGCACGACAAGGGCAACAGGAUGAAAUACAUUCACGUGUACAACCCCGGUUCAGACGAGUGGGAAAGUGAGAUGGAGUUUAAAGAGCGCGUGUCCGGCCUGGCGGCCUGCGUGGCGCUCAUGCCCCCCGCUGUGAUCACACAGGCCAAAAGCUGGGAGCAGCGCACUAAGGCAUCAUGGGAAGAUUUGGACAUGGACAACUCGGAGGACUCGAGUGAGGACUGAAUCAAUCGGCCGUGCACUUUUCUGAUCGAGCACAUUGACCUCGACGUUGCCUGCUUGUGUGUGUGUGUGUGUGUAAAUGACAGCUCAGCGUCCUUUUUUCCAUGUUGACCACUUCCAGUGCCUCGGUGGGAUUCCGGACCUUUUGCACACUUGUCUCUCACUCUCACGCCGUCCACGACUGCCUGACUGCUCAAACGCGAGUGCUGCAGUUUGUAGUCGUUUUCCCUUUUUCUUCCUAUUUGUACGUGAGCCGGAGCGUUGGGGACGACCCGGUACCCUGGACGAGGAAAGACUUUCAACACGGGGGGUUUCACAGACUACUGACAUCGCUCCAAACCAGUCAAUAACCACGUCCCUAAAACGUUAACCUGUGCCUUGUUUUGUGGUCACACCAUGAACUGGUGUUUUAUGAUUUAGACCAGGGGUCGGCAACCCACGGCUCUAGAGCCGCAUGUGGCUCUUUAGCGCCGCCCUAGUGGCUCCCUGGAGCUUUUUCAAAAAUGUUUGACCUUUUUUUUCCUUUUUUUCUUUUUUCCUCUUUUUUUCUUCCUUUUUCCUUUCUUUUUUAAUCUCGACAUUUCAACUUUUUUCUCGACAUUUCGACUUUUUUCUCGAAAUUUUGACUUUUUUCUCUAAAUUUCGACUUUUUUCUCAACAUUUCGACUUUUUUCUCAACAUUUCGACUUUUUUCUCAACAUUUCAACUUUUUUCUCGACAUUUUGACUUUUUUCUCGAAAUUUUGACUAUUUCCUCAACAUUUCGCCUUUCGCCACUUGCCUUCAUUCUAAGGCUGAUACAAGACUUUUCAUUUUUUAUGGAUCCAGACAUAUUUGUUUUUUGUGUUUUUGGUCCAAUUCUCUUUCAACAUUUUGGGUUACCGACCCCUGAUUUAGACAAUGAGCCUCAGGUCAUAAAAUAGUUUCAUGUUUGUGGUUAAAUGAUGGCGGAAAGUGGCACGACACUGUGCAGUUCAGGUGAUGCAGUGUCGCAGUUUUUGUGAAUGACAUAUGAAUAAUAGACGUUUAUCUGUUAUUUGUGUAAUGAAAACCAAAUCACUGUUGCUCUUGUGUGUGUGUAAAUGAAGGAAAGUCCCGGAGUGUCCCCGGUCGCUGCACCGGGCGUCGCACUCGUGCUUCAUUCAUGCAGGCAGAAAGGGGACAGACUUCACCACUAUGCAUUCUGUUUAAAACAAAGUACACACGUUUUUUCUCGUGGUUUAACAUGACAGAUUUGUCUUGGAAAAAAAACAGUUUAUCGAUUUCACUCUCACAUGUUCUUUAAGUUAAAUAAAAAUAGUAAUAAUUUA